UUCUUCUCACCACCUAAUGCAUCAACAAUAAUAUCCAUGCAAUUUAUAUAUAUACACACACACAAACACAUACCUUUCCAUCUUUAAAAAGAUUUCUCUCUCUCUUUCUUUAUAAAAAAAAAACCAAACUUUGAAUAUUUGAGAGCUCAAGUGUGAGCCAUCUUUUUUCUUUUGACACAUAUUUGAUCUUAUUAUUAGAUUUGUAUGGCAAGAAUGGUUAAAUGGGUCAGCAAAGUUUCAUUUUACUGAGGCAUAAAGAUGACACAACUCUGACAUUUUCCUGAGAAAGAGAAAGAAAAAUUAGGAAGAAAACAAUAUAUAAUCAAGUGGGCACACUACUACAAUUUUGCUUCACAAAACCCAAGUAGUACAAUGCUGUGAAGCACUAUUUUUCACUUCUCUUUGUAGCUGAGCUGAUCAAAGUUCACAGCUUUAUAUUAUCAUAUAUCAACACACAAGAAGGUUCUUUCACUUUAUGCCCUCUUUUCUCUUCUGGUUUUAAAGAUGGGAUUUUUAUGUAUUCAAAAGAGUCUUCUUUUUCUUCUUCUUCUUAUUCUACCUCUUCUCUGUUCAUCUCAAGAAAUUAAUGUGAAAAGAGUAGAUACUAUUAUGAUCGACAAAGACAACAUCAUUAAGAUGGAUCAUAAACUAUUGCUUAAUAUUACAAUUCAUGGAUUUCUUCUUUGGGCUUCAAUGGGAUUUUUGAUGCCUAUUGGGAUCCUCACUAUAAGAAUGUCAAACAGAGAAGAAUGUGGAAGAAGGCUUAGAAUUCUUUUCCAGAUUCAUCUUAUUUCACAGACUCUUGCUGUACUUAUUGCAACAGCAGGAGCAGUUUUAUCCUUCAAAAACUUCAACAACACAUUCAACAAUAAUCACCAAAGAAUAGGAGUAGCAUUGUAUGGAAUAAUCUGGUUGCAAGCCCUUAUUGGGUUCUUCAGGCCAAACAGGGGAGCUAAGGGAAGGAGUGUUUGGUUUUUUGCACAUUGGAUUCUUGGAACUACAGUGUCAUUAUUGGGAGUGUUUAGCAUUUAUUCAGGUUUACAAGCCUUUCAUGAGAAAACAUCAAAAAAAGUAUGGAUUUGGACCUCACUUUUCACUAUUGAAUUAUGUUUCAUAUGCCUUUUUUACCUCUUUCAAGACAAAUGGAGUUAUAUACAAAAACAAGGAAUAAUCUUGGGCACUACUACUACUACAAAUCCAAUGGCUGAGGCUCCUCCAAAAGAAAAACAAAAAGAAUUGAGUCUUGUUGAGAAUUAAUAAUAUAGUAUAGUAUAUAGUAAAGUAUAUUAAUUAAUUAUAUAUUUACUAACCAAAAAUCCAUUUCUUGUUUCUUUUUUUUUUCUUUCUUUGUUUAUUAAUAUUCUCAUGUGGGACACAUUGGUUUUUACAAUCCAGUGUUGGGGGUGUUUGAAGUUUGUAUAUUGGAUUGUGUAAUGAAAAUUUUGAACCUUUAUUAGUUAAAA